AGCACUUUGGUCCAUCGAUGGACCACUGCUUUUGACCGGUUUUUUCAGGUCUCUGGGUUCCUGCCAGUACUUUGCUUAUUUGCACAUAAGGACUUCGGUUAACCUACAAUCGGGUACAGAUCCUAAGGGAAACCCAAGGAAAAACCCUAAUUAGAAUCCCCCACACCCUAAAAUUCAGAUCUAUCCUCUGUCCUCUAUCUUCUCCCUUGAGGGACCGUGACCACCAUUGUGUCGCAGCUUGUAAAAUUUGUUCAUCCCCGUCUGUGACGAAACAGGUUGAAGGGAUGGAAGACUUAGAAAUUCCAAAUUGCUGUUCAGAUGAAGGUUCUUCAUCAAAUGGGGAAGGAAAAAAUGUUGCCGGAGAUCUAUCAUCUACCACACCUACCUUGUCUGAAUCAAUUGGUGAGGAAGAAGCGGGUUAUGCUUUCAAUAGUAUGGAUGAUGCUGCAAACAUUGUGUGGGAUAGUAUUAAUGAGACUAACUUCAAGAAGUACCAUUUUUUGAAUCGGCAAGUUGUAUUUGAGUUCUACAACUUGUAUGCUAGGAUAAAGGGAUUCUCAAUACGGAAGAGCAAGGUGGUGAGAAACAAGCAUGGGGAAAUUGUGAGGCAAGACUUAGUGUGUCACAAGGAAGGCUUUCGUGAAGAGAAAAAUCGAAUGAGGGCCAAUCGGAAGCGGGAAACAAAGGUAGAGACAAGGUGCGGGUGCUGUGCAAAAUUGAGGGUUCGUUUGGAUGUGGAAAGUGGUAGGUGGCAUGUGGUAUUAUUUGGAGAUGAUCACAACCAUGCAAUGUUAGAGGGGAAGCAAUCAUCAAUGUUACCAGCUCAUCGGCAGAUGAAAGAUGGUGAUAUAGUGGGAAUGAACAGCAUGCGAAAAGCUGGUAUUAGCACAACUGAGAUAUACAAUUUAUUUGCUGAUCAAUCCGGGGGUUUUGAUAAAAACAAUUUUCAAAAGGUAGAUAUGCUUAAUCAAAUGACGAAGCAGAAACAGAAGAAGCAGUGUGAUGCCAAAGCUGUUCUAGUGUACCUUAAGGGUCUUGCUUCUGGUGAUCCGGGGAUGUAUUGGUCACACCUUGUUGAUGAACAAGGCAAUUUAAAACAAUUGUUUUGGGCUGAUGGGAUUAGCAGAAUGGAUUUUCAGGUUUUUGGUGAAGUUUUGGCAUUUGAUGCAACGUACCGGAAGAAUAAGUACGGGUGUCCCAUUGUUGUGCUAGUUGGAGUUAACCAUCAUUGUCAGACUAUUGUAUUUGGCACGGCAGUUUUAACUAAUGAGAAGGAGGAAAGCUAUGUGUGGUUACUAGAACAAUUUUUGGCAGCAAUGAAAGGUAAAGUACCAAGUGCGGUAAUCACCGAUGGAGAUCCUGCGAUGCGGAAUGCUAUUAGUCGAAUACUACCCAAAGCUCAUCACCGUUUAUGUGCUUGGCACCUUUUACAAAAUGCGCAAAGAAAUAUUGGGGACCCAAAUUUUGUGAAAGGUUUUAAAAGGUGUAUGUUGGGAAACUAUACAGUUGCGCACUUCAAUAAAAAAUGGCUUGAAUUGGUUACUGAACACAACCUUGAAGACAAUGCAUGGGUGCAAAGCAUGUAUGAGAAGAGGCACAUGUGGGCCACUGGGAUGAUGCGAGGAAAGUUCUUUGCCGGGUUUAGAACUACCUCACGGUGUGAAGGUAUGCAUUCCCAAAUUGGUAGGAUUGUGCGUUCUGGAAGUAGCUUGCUUGAGUUUGUCCAGUAUUUUGAGCGUUUUGUGGAUUAUAUGAGAUGGAGAGAGGUUGAUGCGGACUACAAAUCAGUGGUAGGAGACGCUGUCCCGCAAACCAAUGUUAGAGCAUUGGAAAUUUGUGCUGCAAAUGUGUAUACAAGGUCUGUAUUCUUAAAAUUCCGUCCUUGGCUUAGUAGGGGCAGUGUAAUGAAAGUUGCUUCAAUAAAGGAGACAUCAUCGUGCAUCAUAUACUCUUGUACAAGUAUUGUAAGCCAACAAAGCUGUGGCAUGUGGCGCAUGAUGACCAUUUGUCCACCUUUAGAUGUUCUUGUCAGAGAAUGGAGACCUUUGGGGUACCUUGUGAUCAUAUCAUAGGUCUGUUGGUGCAUCUGGACAUUGAUGUCAUUCCAGAAAGCUUAAUAUUGCAAAGAUGGUGUAAAGCAUCAAAGGAAGGUAUGAAAGAUAACUCAGAGUCUGCCUUCAAAUUCUGGGAGUCAACAAUGUUGGCUAGGCUUGGUUCAUUGGUAAUGAGAAGCAGAGAAAUGUUUAACCUUGGGUGUGAAUCUAUGGAGGACUACCUGGAUACUGUUGACGUCAUGGCGAAGCAUGUUACAAAACUAAAAGAAAAGAAGGCUGCCGCUGUAUCCAAUGCUUGUGCUAAUAAUGUUGACACCGGCAAUAAGGAGUUUGAUAAUAUUAAAAAUCCUACUGCAGUUAGGAGCAAGGGAUGUGGCGGUUCACAAACUGGGAACAAGACAGGCAAAAGAAAGUGCAGUAUUUGUAAGAAUGAAGGUCACAACAAGAUAACAUGCCCCCAGAACAAAAGGGCAAAAGUUGCAGCAUGUGGUGAACCUUCUAAUGUGGGUCAUGAUGAUGAUGGAGCAGGUGAUUAGGCUGCAGGUUGGGGGAAUGGAUGUGUUUGAAUGAAGGAUGAUAGUAAAUGGCAUUUAGAUAUUAGAGUCACUUCUUUUAAUUAAGUUAUAUUUUCAGGCUACAUUUGUAAGGUAGGAUAACUAUUUGUAAUGUUGUUUCAUGUUUGAAUGAAGGUUGGACAACUAUUUGAUAACUGUGUGUGUAACUUAAUUAUGUUUGAGUGUCCAAUUUUAGUGGGAAUCCAGAUUCCUUCUUUUGUGAAGCUGUUUCAUGUGUGAAUGAUAACUGUGUGUGUAACUGAAGAGAGAAAGAUUUGAAUUGGCUUAAAUGUGUGAAACAGCUCUGUAGGGAAAAUUGAAGAGCUU